AUGGAACGGAAGAAAAAGGGGAAGCCUGAGCCAGAGAAGUUAGGAUGUGACAUGAUUUCUGAAGAAUUGCAAGCGCAUGUUGACAAGGAGGUUCAUGAUCACUUCAAGCCAAAGAAGCCUGAGCCCAAGAUACCACUGGAUCCAACAGCCAAUAAGUUCUUUCUUGCAAUGAUGUGCCAAUCAAAGAAGAAACAACCACUAUCGGACUACGACAGCUCGAUUACUAAAUCAUGGGAGAAAAAGACACCCUGCUGCUCUCCCUCCUCAGUGGCAGACACGGCAGCGGACGCUCUGGCUGCCGCGGUGGGCGGGCGGAGGGACAUCACGGACGUGGGCGCCAACAAGGAGGUGCAGUCCCUGGGCCGGUUCGCGGUGGCCGAGCACAACCGCCGCCUCCGCCGCAGCGGCGGCGUGGCGACCAGCAGCGGCCCCGUCACCGUCCUCCUCUCCUUCGGAGCAGUGGCCGCGGCGCAGGAGCAGGUCGUCUCCGGCGUGGCGUACUACCUCAAGGUCAUCGCGCGGGACGACCGCGGCGACAGGCCGUUCGACGCCGUGGUGGUCGUCAAGGCGUGGCUCAAGUCCAGGGAGCUCGUCUCCUUCACGCCUUCCCCCAAGUAGGAGCUCCACCGCGCUAGCUAGGAGGCGUAUCUACAUGCGUCGUUGCUUGCUUGUUUUACGUUUGCCUUUCACACCCUGUACGCGUAGCGAUGCUACAAGCUAUAUGGUUAUGUAGCAGAUACAAACUGAAUAAUAAGUUUGGAUCAUGUUUUUUUUUCAA